AUGGAUGCUGCAGAGUUCCGCAAGAGAGGGAAGGAGAUGGUGGACUAUAUUGCAGAUUACCUGGAGAAGAUAGAUCGAAGACAGGUCUUCCCAGAUGUGGAACCAGGUUAUCUAAGGCCCCUCAUUCCGGACUGUGCACCCCAGGAUCCUGAGAACUUUGAGGAUGUCUUUAAAGACAUUGAGAAGAUCAUUAUGCCAGGGGUGACUCACUGGCACAGUCCAUACUUUUUUGCCUACUUCCCUUCAGCCUCUUCCUUCCCAGCUCUUCUUGCAGAUAUGUUGUGUGGUGGAAUAGGAUGUGUGGGCUUCUCUUGGGCCGCAAGUCCAGCUUGUACAGAGCUGGAGACUGUCAUGCUGGAUUGGCUAGGGAAGAUGAUUAAUUUGCCCGAAGAGUUUUUAGCUGGGAAGGAUGGCCAAGGUGGAGGAGUCAUUCAGGGAAGUGCAAGCGAGGCCACCCUGGUUUCACUGCUUGCUGCAAGAACAAAAACUAUCAGACAGGUGCAGUCAGAAAAGCCUGACCUAACAGAAGCAGACAUCAUGGGGAGGCUGGUGGCCUAUGCUUCUGAUCAGGCUCAUUCAUCAGUGGAAAGGGCUGCAUUAAUUGCUGGUGUGAAGAUGAAAAAUGUUUCUUCAGAUGAUACAUUUAGUGUUUGUGGUUCAGCCCUAAAGAAAGUUUUGGAUGAAGAUAAAGCUUCUGGUCUCAUCCCAUUCUUUUUCUGUGCAACACUUGGAACCACGCCUUGCUGCUCCUUUGACAAGCUGUUAGAACUGGGUCCUAUUUGCAAUAAGGAAAACAUCUGGAUGCAUAUUGAUGCAGCCUAUGCUGGGAGCGCAUUCAUCUGCCCUGAAUUCAGGCAUCUUUUAAACGGAGUGGAGUUUGCUGACUCAUUUAACUUCAAUCCUCACAAAUGGCUCCUAGUGAAUUUUGACUGCUCUGCUAUGUGGGUGAAAAAAAGAUCAGAUUUGACAAGUGCCUUUAAAUUAGAACCUCUUUACCUGCAGCAUCACCAUCAGGAGUCUGGCCUUGUAACAGAUUAUCGGCACUGGCAAAUCCCGCUGGGCAGGAGGUUCCGCUCCCUGAAGCUCUGGUUUGUGCUGAGGAUGUACGGAGUCACGGGACUGCAGGAGCACAUCCGCAAGCAUGUCAGGCUGUCACAUCAAUUCGAACAUCUAGUCCUUCAGGAUGAAAGAUUUGAGAUCUGUGCUGAGGUUGUCUUGGGACUAGUCUGCUUUCGGGUGAAGGGCUCAAAUGAACUAAAUAAGGCGCUUCUUAAAAGCAUAAAUGAGGCCAAGAAGAUUCAUCUGGUCCCGUGCCACCUGCGAGAGAAGUUUGUGCUGCGUUUCGCUAUUUGCUCCCGCACCGUGGAAUCCACCCACGUCACGUUUGCUUGGCAGCACAUCUCACAGCUGGCAACCGAUCUGCUGAAAACAUGGGAGCAAAACCACCACCAGCAGUAACAGCAGUGAAGUAGCAGUGAGGAAGAGGUAAUAACUGGCUUUCUCUGUGUUGCCAAGUUUUACUGUAGGGGCAGGUGGGAAAGUCAAAUUAUGAAGGAAAAAAAAAUACAAACCCUGUUGUUAUAUAGCCCAGCUGCAGUAGCAAAAUCCUUGCCAGCAAGUCGUGCUGUAACCUUAGUGAUUCCUUCUCUGCACUGUAGUUCCAUCGUCCCUGUUGCCAGGAUGCACAUAGCCACGGGGGCUCGAGCUGCCAUGUCUUACCAGUUUGUAACCAAAAGCAUUUAUUGAACCAGGCAAUGGAAAUGGGUU